AUGUUUAAGAAAAAAUGUAAACAAGACUAUGUUAUUAGUGUUGAUAAGAUUUGUGAUUUUACUGGUAGUUCAAAAGAAGUAAUAUUAAGAUGGAGAAGAGGUAAAAAAGAAAGUAAUAAAGGAAAGUUUAAUCCAAUACAAAUAACAGACUCAAAAACAGAUGUGACUGGUGCUACUAUUAGUCUUCAUUGUACUUUAUUUGAAAAAGCUAAAGCUGGGUAUUAUGAAGAAAAGUUAGUUCAAUUUAUUUUAGAAAAUAUAAAUGGAAAAAAGAUUUGUUCUGGUGUUAUUGAUUUAGCUCAAUUUGCUGAUUUAGAUGGGAAAACAGAAAAUGUUAUAUGUGAAAUGAGAGCAAAAGGAAAAACUUUAAAAGCUAAGUUACUGAUUUCUAUUACAAGUACCCAAGGAGUUUCAACUGGAAAUUCUGAAAAUACUGAAUGUUUUGUAUUAGACAGUGAAGAAGAAUACUCAACAAAUCAAGGACCAGAUCCAAUUCAUGCUUCAUUAAUUCAACAAAUGAAAGCUAGGGAAGAAAAAGAAGAAGAAGAAUUAAGACAAAAACAAAUGAAAGAAAGAGAUGAGUCAGUUAAGAAUGAAGAACCAGAGUUUUUAGAUGAGUUACCACCUAAAGAAACGACACUACCAAAAACUGAAGAGAAAGAUGAAAUAAUUGAAGGAAUUGAAACAGCUCAGAUACAACCAAUUCAAAAUGAAGAACAAGAAAUUGUUAAAGAAGAAAAACCAAAAGAAAUAGAAGAAGUUAAAAAAGUAUUUGAAGAAACUGUCAGUAAUGAACAAAUGAUUGAAAUGUUAAAUAAAUAUACAGAAGAAGAUUCAAGAAAGUUUAUUAUAUCAAAAUAUGUUGAAAGUGUUGGAAAAGAUAUUACUCCUUUAAUAGAUUCAUGUAUAUUUAGUAAUAGAAGUGUGUUUGAAAAUAAUACAAAUGAUAUUGAACAAGUUAAUGCUUUUAAAAUAAUGGAAAUGAUUAAACAUAUUUAUGAUGUAAUAGAAGAGAAAGGAAUUGAAGAAGAAGUUAUUUCCUUAACAAUUAAACAAUUAUAUCAUUUUCUUGCUUAUUAUGUAUUAGAUACUUUAUUCACUCAACCAGAAAAAAUUUGUUGUAGUAAAGGAUUUCAAAUAAAAUAUGUUAUGUCAUAUAUGGAUAUGUAUAGUUCUGAUAAACAUUUUCAAACAAUUAAAGAUCAAUAUUCUCAAAUGAAUGUAGUCACUGAUAUUGCUAAUGUCUUUAUAUUACAUCAUGUUAUUGCUGUAAAUGACUUGGAAACAACGUUCCCAUCAUUGUCAGUAAAUAUCAUUUAUCAAUUAUUAUCUAAUUUCCAUACUGAUGAAAUGGAUCCUGAACCUGUUUCUCAAACAUAUUUAAGAUCAAUUCAAGACAAAUGUACUAAUGAUCCAAUCCCAACUCGUUUUUCUGUUGUUGCUUAA